AAGAAAAUACACAUUCACCUUUCUUCUUCCCUUCUCUCUCUUCUCUCUCUCUCUUCCUUCUGAGCUUUCUCCACCAUUUCCAUGGCUAUCUAGGGUUUCUCUCUGUCCCUCUCAAUCUUCCAACGCUAUUGCUUCUUCUUCGCUGUGGAUUCCAUCAAUGCGCUCUGGUUUCUCCUACUUCGCUUGCUUGCAGGUGCAGCUUCUGCGAUUCGAUCGCACUCUCAACAGUUUGUUGUGGUUUGAUGUCCUAUAGCUGAUAAAGAAGUGGAUGUACCAGUUGGACUUUAAAGUUGAUUUAAGAAUGGUUUGGAUUCUGAAAGCUGGAUUUAGGGUUCAUUGUCCUUGAGCUGUGAAGUUGUUGUGUCUGAUAAGCUGCAUUUGAAAUGCACUAGAGUAGACUUUUGCUCUGGGAGACAUAUUGUUUGUGUUACAUCUACCACACCAAACUUAAGUUUGUGGAGCAACUUAUCUGUGAUGGGUUCGUUCUCUGGCACUUGUGAAAUUGUUGAAGCACAUGAAGACCUGAAUACAGGGAAAGCUGCAGGGAUUUAUCAGUCCAAUUCUGGAUAUAGCUUGGCUGAGAAAAACCAGAAGCUUCCAGUGGUGAAACUAGGAUACAAGGAUAAUCUAGAUGAUGAUAUUAAUAAGCUGUUUGAAUCCAUCACUCUCAAAUCCUCAUCCAGGGAUUCAGGCUUUUUACAAAAUGGAACAAGCCCUAAGAUGAAAGGUGCAUUAAAAAAGCCAAUUACUGGGGGCGUUCCUCGGUCCCCACGGGUUGGGACAUCUGAGCCGGUGACUUUGAAGCAGGCAUUGAGAGACCAUUGUAUAUCUAAGGCAUCAGAAAUGGCUGCUAUGAAAAGAUUAUCAAAGUCAUCAGCUUCUCCAAGAAUAUCUGAGGUUGGCAAGAUUCAGACAUUGUACAAUUCGGUUGUAGCUGAAGCUAGACGAUCUGGGCCUUCUAAUGUUGAGAGUAAAGGAACGUUUGAAAUAUCUAUAUUGCCAGAAGAAAGCAAGUCACUUGCCUUGAAUAAGGAAUCUCAGUCUCAUCAAACGGCCAAAAGCACACUAUUGAGCCAUAAUGUUCAUUCUACCAAAAUUGUUGUCGCAACUACACAAAAUGAUGCUGGGGCUUCAAUGAUGCAAAGUGAUUUAGCAUGUUCAUCAAGUAAAGUUGAGGUUCCAUCUCCGGUGGAGCCUGUUCAAAUAGAAAAACAAACAUCUGCAUCUUCUCCAUCUAGUUGUGACACCAAUCAAAGUAAAUUAGAUUUUCCUGAAAAAGCUCCAUCCCCUAAAAAAUUAGGAAAUAAAACAUCUGUGCCAAAGAGCGGAAGGAAAGGUAGGUUACAAACAGUAUCCUCCUCAUCUACUUCAGUAAAUGGAAAUAGAGUGUGCAAACUGUCACGCCAUGGACCCCGCACAGUUAAAUCGGUCAUCAAAACCAAGAAUUUGGGCAAGAAGAAACUAAAGCAGGAUUCCAUUUCUGCUUUGUCCGACCCUCCAUCCGAUGAAGUAAAUAACAAGUCAGUUCCUGGUACAACUCAACUUGUUUGCGAGAGAUGUUGCUGUGCUAUAGAAAAUACAAACAUAGAAAACGACAAAGGUAUUGGAACAUUGGACUCUAUUAUCCCUGGUGGUGGAAUAUACUUGGGUGAUGUGCACUCUGGCUCAGCAUCGAUUGACUGUGAUAGCAGCAGAGAAGUUACACAAGUGAAAAAGAAUACCAGAUUGAAAGAGCAACUUGAAUUUUCGCAAAGUUCAAAGAGUAGCCAAGGUGACUACAGUAGUAGUACAAGUACCAGUGAUGAGAGCAAUGUCAGUGGUUCAAGUUGUGGCAAUAGACCUCACAUGUCAAAGGAUGUUAGAUGGGAAGCCAUUCGACAUGCUCAAAUGCAGCAUGGGGUUUUAGGCUUGAGACACUUCAAUCUUUUGAAGAAACUUGGUUGCGGAGACAUUGGGACUGUAUAUCUAGCUGAGCUAAUUGGAGAAAAUUGUUUGUUUGCUAUAAAGGUCAUGGACAACGAAUUUUUGGCAAGAAGGAAGAAAUUGCCUAGGGCACAAACUGAAAGAGAAAUUUUAAGGAUGCUGGAUCAUCCUUUUCUUCCAACACUAUAUGCACAGUUUACUUCAGAUAAUCUUUCAUGUCUGGUAAUGGAGUAUUGUCCAGGUGGAGAUCUUCAUGUCCUACGGCAGAAACAGCUUGGUAGAAGUUUUUCAGAGCCAGCAGCAAGGUUCUAUGUUGCUGAAGUCCUGCUUGCAUUGGAGUACUUGCAUAUGCUUGGUGUUGUUUACCGCGAUUUGAAACCAGAAAACAUUCUUGUUAGAGAAGACGGCCACAUUAUGCUCACAGAUUUUGACCUUUCACUGAGGUGUGAUGUUAACCCAACGCUUCUAAGAUCAUCAGAUAUGGACCCUGCUAAGAUUUCUGGUCCUUGUGCACAAUCAAGUUGCAUACAGCCAUUCUGCAUUGAACCAUCAUGUCAAGUUUCAUGCUUCAGCCCUAGAUUCUUACCCCCAGCAGCAAAAGCAAGAAAAUUAAAAGCUGAUCUUGCUGCUCAGAUCAGAUCCUUGCCACAGCUCGUGGCUGAGCCCACAGAUGCAAGAUCAAAUUCGUUUGUUGGCACUCAUGAAUACCUAGCUCCUGAGAUCAUCAAAGGAGAGGGACACGGAGCUGCGGUCGACUGGUGGACAUUUGGCGUUUUUCUCUAUGAGCUUUUAUAUGGUAGAACACCUUUCAAAGGUUCUAAUAAUGAAGAAACAUUAGCCAACGUGGUAUUGCAAGGUCUCAGAUUCCCUGACAGCCCCUUUGUUAGCUUCCAAGCGAGGGAUCUCAUUAGAGGGUUGUUGGUUAAAGAGCCUGAAAACCGUUUGGGUACAGAGAAAGGAGCAGCAGAGAUUAAGCAGCAUCCCUUCUUCGAGGGCCUGAAUUGGGCGUUGAUACGCUGUGCUAUCCCGCCAGAACUUCCAGACUUUUGCGAGUUUGCAUUUUCAGACAUGGCCCCUCAGCCACAAGGCAAGGGUGGUAAGUAUUUACAGUGUAAUGCAACAGGAGAACAAGUGGAAUUUGAGUUGUUUUAAAGAGUUCUUUAGCAAGAGUGGCAUUCUUGCUAUGGAUUUCCUUGCUUUUUACCUCCAUGCUUUCUGCAUCGAGCUGUAACAAUUAUGUAGCCAAUGUUGUAAAUUAGUUUUGACUUUAACACUAUUAUGUUGUCAUAUAAGGUUAGGAAGUCCAGUUUUUUUUUUUUUUUGUCAAUGAAGUUCAGGUUAUAUGGCAACUUGAUAGUCGCAAUCUGAAAGAACAGAAAUUCCUAGAACCAAAAAUGCCAUACUAGUUUAGUUCCAAUGGUGACGGAAAUGACAGAAUUGUUACUAGUUAGCUUAUGUCAGGGAAA